AUGUCAGAAACAACUAUAACCCCUAGAAGCAAUUUCAGUUUCAAUAUUAAUGCCAAUGGCAGUAUAUCAACCACUUCCCCCACUGCCACUAUAGUCAAUACAUCAACCACCAUUAAUCCACCACAAAAACGUAUAAGAGCCACUGGUGAAGUAUUAAAUUUCCUAAUACUGGAAUUUGAGAAAAACCCUAGCCCCAGUCCUGAUCGUAGAAAGUUUAUUAGUCAACAAGCACAAAUGAAUGAAAAAGCAGUGAGAAUAUGGUUUCAAAAUAGAAGAGCUAAACAAAAGAAGCAUGAAAGAAGUUUAAGACAAGCACAAUCAUCAGUAUCAUCUGCAUCAUCUUCAUCCUCAUCAUCUUCAUCCACUACGUCUUCUUUAUCUACUGCACCAACGACAGUGACUGAUUCUAGUUCAUUCGGCAAACACUUGGCUUCACACCAUACUACAUUUGAUUUUAUCCAAAAACAUGUACCCAUAGAAAUCAAUGACAAGUACUCAUUUAUUGAUUGUACUUCAUUAUCAGUUGGAUCAUGGCAAAGGAUUAAAAGUGGUAUUCAUAAACAACUGUUGCUUCAAAACAAUUUGAUCAACCUAUCACCAUUCAAUUUAAACAAUGUUAUGCAACAAGUUGACUUGUUGGUUUUACUUUCAAGGAAAAACCACGAAUUAAACUACUUUUUUCUGGCCCAUGCCAAUGAUUCCAAGAUUUUAUUUCGGAUUUUUUACCCCUUGAGUGCCAUUUCUCAUUGUUCACUACAUGAUAACUUGGUUCAACAUAGUGACAAUGGAGGAAAUGAUGUUUGUGAUAGUAAUGAAUUAAAGAUUCACUUAUGUCAUCAACCUAAAUUUUCAGUGUAUUUCUUCAAUGGAUUGAAUUCAUCAACCAAUCAAUGGUCUAUAUGUGAUGAUUUUAGUGAAGGACAACAAGUCAGUCGAGCUUACUCCAGUACCGUUGACAAGGAGUAUAAAUUUAAAGACUUUGAGACAACUACUGCAACUGGAGAAGAAGGAGAAGAUGAUGAGUCAGAGGAACAAGAUGAGGGUAAUUCAGAUGUACCUCAUGUACUUGUUGGAUCCAAGAUUGCUCUUAAUUAUCUUAGUUCUUAUAUAAGUCAAAGCAUAGUGGGAUUAACCAACAACAACAACAACAACGCGACUACCAAUAACACACCACAUGCUUCAACUGCUGCUGCCACUACUGAUAUCACCAAUUCCCAAUUUAUUACGUCUAUCCCACCUGAAUCCUUGGCUUCAUUGAAACACCACUCAUUUGACCUUGGCAUUACAUUCAAUGGACAGAAUCCUAACUCAAUGUGUCCCAAUGAUUUGUCAUCACUAACGUUGAAUAUUGACACAAACAACAGUAACCGUAACGACACUUCCAACAACUAUGCCCCUAACAACUUGUCUGUUCCUAGUUCUGCAACGGCUACUGCAACAACUACAUUCAAUGGACUGCCCUUUUCAACCACAUCUAAUCAAUUUUAUCAAGCUGACACACCACAAUCACUACAAUCGUUUGGUAAUUUCAAUAACGCCAACACCAACACCAACAACAACAACAAAUUAGAUCCAUUGAAUCUCACACACAUCAAGCCUACGACUUCACCCGAAGAUGUAUUGUCAUUUUCCAGUGAUCAUCAUAAUCAUGCACUUUUCAGUGGUGUAGGUAGCAAUGAUGUUACAAAUGCAUACGUACAUGGCUCUAGUCAUCAAAUUAAUGAUUUUGUGGUUGGUGUAUCGGACAAUAUACCAUAUUUGAACAAUAAUAAUAACAAUAACAAUGACUUUGAUCCAAUUGAUUUAGUUGGUGGGAAUGGUGAUUUUCAAUCAUCAAAUAUUGAUUUCAUUGAUUUUUGA